GAAGACAUUGAACUUGACGACACCACCAUCAACCCGCCAGCGUGGUUAUCAGACGAGGCCAUCAGAAAUGGUAUCUGCUUGCAACUUGAAGUGGAUUGCUGCUUCAAGGAGGAGGCUCGACUGAUGUGCAAGCAGUCUGUUAUGCAGGAGUGGAUGUUGACAGAGUGGGAGGAGGAUGUUGUUUUAACUUUCCACCUCACAUCAUGUGCGGAUGGGCUUGUCAACAUCUGUGUUGCUUGGCAAAGAAAUGUUCAGUGUAUCCCAUGUGCCUGGUCAGUUGUGGACAGGUGGGGACCUUCAGAUGAAGUCUUGCUUCAGGCUACCCAUGAACAGGUGCAGCCUUCUUUUCAGGAUGAGGAUGACCAGAGUGUAGGACCUGGGGAAGAGGAUGAUGAGGGAGAUUUGAAUUAUGGUGAGAUUGGAGAUAAUGAACUGAUGGAUGUGAUUGAAGACAUUGCAUUGGUGGAUGAGUAUAGGUAUGAUAUA